AUGUUGCGAAAGUACACCUACAACGGAGGCCCACUCUACAGAGCAGAAUAUCUUCGAAGAUGCUUUCCUUUUAUUUUCAAGGGCCAUAAAGCGACAUUCACCCACGGUGAUUUGCAAAGGAAAAAUAUCAUUCUCCGCGAGAAAUCUCAUCAAGAUCAAGAAUGUUCGCGCCUCGUGAUAAUUGAUUGGGAAAAGUCUGGAUGGUAUCCAGGGUAUUGGGAAUAUUGCUUAGCUGUCUGUGCUUUGCGAUGGGAUGACGAUUGGUCCCUUUGGAUUGACCGUAUCCUUUCGCCCUUUGUCUCCGAGGCUUCAUGGUUCCAGUCACUGCGCUUAGAAUUAUGGUCGUAG